CCUGAUUCUGGUCCUGUGUAACCUCCUCCCAUCCUGGCUCCCACACAGAAGUCGUGCUGCACUUCUCGGGCAGGUCGGAGCUCUGUGUAUAAAAGAAGACAGCAGCAGUCAGUUCGUCACUGAGCAGCGUCUGCAGUGAAGCGGUAAUAUGUCUGGCAGAGGAAAAGGAGGCAAAGGACUCGGCAAAGGCGGAGCCAAGCGGCACCGUAAAGUGCUCCGUGACAACAUCCAGGGCAUCACCAAACCAGCUAUCCGCCGUCUGGCUCGCCGUGGCGGCGUUAAGCGGAUCUCUGGUCUAAUCUACGAGGAGACCCGCGGUGUACUGAAGGUUUUCCUGGAAAACGUGAUCCGUGAUGCCGUCACCUACACGGAGCACGCCAAGCGCAAGACAGUCACCGCCAUGGAUGUGGUGUACGCGCUGAAACGCCAGGGCCGCACGCUCUACGGCUUCGGCGGUUGA